AUGUCUAAUUGCGAACCAGUAUCUUCUAAACUUGACCAGAAUGCAGAGGAGUUCGUACCAAUUGCUGAAAUACAGCAGAAAACCCUGUCAAACAUAAAGAAUAUAGUUGAGGAUGUUUUCAACCUACCGACAGGACAGGUCCAAGCUCACAUAAAAAGAAUUAAAGCUAUCGCCGAUCUGGAUUCAGCAUCUGCGUCUCGUCUUGUUGGAGAAUCGCUUGCUCAGUCAACUACAAAGAACAUUAAACGAGUCAGUCUGGGAUUUCGAUGUCUUAAAGAUGUGCGAGCCUAUUUACCUGAUACAAAGGGAAACGAUUUAGAAGCUGCUGUCUUGCAAAGUGUUAAAUUGAUGACGCAGGAAGUUCUAUCCGGAAACACUUUAAAGUUGUUAAUGUCUAACACACAAAAUGUAUUAUAUGACCCAAGUACGUCUCAUACAAUGAGUACAGAGCUCAAUGAUAUUCAGAAAGAACCAGUGGAUCCUUCAGUUGAUCAUCUUUUUGGUCUGGUUGUAUUCCUCAGAUAUCUGAUUACUAGUCUCAACGCUUCUGACGAUUGUGAAUCCUAUGUAUGUAUCCCACCCAUUGAACCCUGUGUAGACUUUUGUUUACUUGUGGAUGCUGUCUGUGAACUACAACUUCACUCUAACAAGGUGAGAAACUCUGAAGUGAAUGAAACCGAUCUAUCUUCGCUGGAAAUAUCGUGCGCCGAAACUAGUUGGAAUAGCUUGAUGUAUCAGCUAUUUGAUGGUUUCUCCCAAGGACUUAUGUAUUUUAAUUCUGCCUUAGUUAGCGUUAAUGUAAGAGUCCUUGAUGGUUCAUGGCAACGUGCAUGUAGUUUAGAUGAUCGAGUAAACGACUCUUAUAAACCGUCUGCAAACUACACUUCUGCAUCGUAUCUUUCCAUGUUAAUAAAUAAGUGCCUAACUGGGAUGCGCGCAUUAAUAGUUGAAGAACAAUUACCAACAAAGAUACUCCGUUCAACCGUUUUAGAUCUACUAAUGUACGCUUCCGAAAUGGCUGCUCUUCAAAAUACCUCUUGUCAAAACUGGACUGAGUCAAAUCAGAUGUAUGAAGAAAGCGGUUCCAAACUUGAUCUUUCGAAUGAAUCGUUGGAAGAAUUAGAUGAAGAACAAGCAGCCGACUUUGAGGAUUUCCUGAUCGAAUCUGGACAGCUGCCAUCAAAAAGUAGUAAAAUAUCAUAA